CGUAAGAGAUGGGAAGGGAAGGAAAGGAAAGGCAAUGUAAUCUUAAAGUAAAAACCAUAUGAACCAGAGAAAGAAACAACCUAGUAGGACAUCAAAUGUUACCCAGACAGAGAGUUUGGGUGGAACAUUUGCCACUGCCCCAAGCCAAAGUGACAGCUUACUUCAACUUUUUGAAGUUUGAAAGCAAAAAGAUGACAAUAAAAAGGAAGAGUAAGAGAAAGAUUUUGUGCUAAGAAUCAGCAUUUAUUUAUACUGUCUAAUCUUUUGAUUAAUCGAGGAUCGGGUACCCAUUUACAGCCCUGUUUUUUUGUCUCUGUUCUUCUCAAUUAAUAAUGAAACCUCCAUUUUCUUCUAAUUAUUGCCUACCCCAUCUCACCCCCUUUACCUUUAUGUGUCACUACAAUAAACCCUUUUUUUUGCUGUUAAUUUUCUUGUCCAUAUCCCAAUUCUACUCAUCUCUCUCUCCUUUGCUUCUAUUCAAAUACCCCCACCCCCUUUCUAUGAUUUUCUUCUCUUCCUCUCUUCUUUGGCCACUGCAAAAUUCUAUCUGGGAGUUCUUAGUUUCUUACAGUGGGGCUGUUUGGGUGUUGUUUCAGUUCUUUUGAUGUUUUAUCCUGAUUUGUUUCUUUGAGAAGGUUCGCCAUGGGAACUAGAGCUUUUUGCAGCCAUGGAUACUAUUGUUUGGCAUGUUGUUGGGUAUUGGUUUUUUGAGUGGCCACUGACUUGUAAGAUGCUUUGAAACUUCGUUGGAAUACUAAGAAUUGUUUGAUUUAACUCUUAAAGGAUCAUUGUUCAUCGUUCUUUCUAGUUGAAGGCAGAUCAGGAACAGAGAACACAAGGGUUUGAUUGGCACAUGAGUGAUAUGAACUUUCUAUUUUCAGUCUCUCUUGUUGUUAGAUUCGCUCAUCAAAGAACUAAGGGGUUUUGAAUUAUCAAGUUUCACUGCGGAAUUUCAUCAAACAGGUUGAAGAUCUAAAGAAAAUUACCUUUGGCAGCAUCAGUCCUGCUGUUGUUUUGAAGUUGUUUGCUGCUCCUAUGGCGAUGGUGUCCGAUCACCACCGUCCCCGUCCCCACCGCCUCCUCCUCGACGCCAACACGACGGAGGCGCCGUCGAAUGGAAGCAGAACGCGAAAUUCGUAUACCAACGAAGCCAAUUUCGACACGAACAUGGUGAUAAUCCUUGCCGCGUUACUCUGCGCACUGAUUUGCGCUCUAGGAUUGAACUCAAUCGUCCGGUGCGCCUUCCGCUGCAGCCGACGAUUCUCCUUCGAGACAGGCGGCGGCACAGCCUCGCGCCUCGCCGCAACAGGGCUGAAGAAAAGCGCAUUACGCAAACUUCCGGUCACCGUAUACGGGUCGGAGUCGGGUCUAGGGAUUCGAGAAACGGAUUGCCCUAUCUGCCUGGGAGAUUUCAUCGCCGGAGAGAAAAUCAAAGUGCUUCCAAAAUGUAACCACGGAUUUCACGUCCGAUGUAUCGAUACCUGGUUGGCUUCCCACUCGUCGUGUCCGACGUGUCGUCAAUCGCUGUUCGAACAACAGUCAGCUUCUGAAUCAACGGAAGCCGACGCCGGAAACCGACCCGCCGGAAAUUCAUCAGCUAGCGGCCAAGGUGAGAUCUCGAUACCCAUAGAUCAAAUCAGCUGAUUUCAAGGGCUGCCAUUUCCAUUUGCACAUAAAUUCUUUAAUUGUUUGCAGUUUUUAAACUCUUCUUUUGGGUAAUAAUCUGGAUUAUACAAUAAUCAAUAUAAUUAAUGGUUGCCUUGUGAACAAUAAAUAUAAUUU